AUGUUGGAGUCGACUUUUAUCCGACUUGUACUGUUGCUAUGCCGCGGCUAUCGCGAACGAAUGCUAUUAAUCAUCGGUUUUAUCGCUUGUAUGGUGUCGGGGGUCCUCGGUCCAUGGAUGGUGGUGCUCACGGGUCGACUUAUUGAUAUGCUUGUUCAUCGUCUCGAUCAAGAAAACUCGGAUCAGUUUAGAACAUCGAUUAAUCAGUUGAUGCUCUCUUACAUUGGUUUGGCAAUUAUUGCCAUGACAGCGACCAUGACAGCACGUAUCAGCUGGUUCAGUGUGGCGGCUCAUUGGGGGCACCGAAUGAAAAUAACCCUCGUCAAAGAUAUCCUCAAGACAUAUCCCUCUGUACCUGACGACGCAGCGACGACGAAACCAGAACGGCAUCAGAAAACAAUGACGGAUACAGCGGCUAUUUCAUCGGUGGACAGUCUGCAAUCGUCGGCGAUGGGCUGCUUAUUGACAUUGGUGACACUGACGACAUCGUGCAUUGCGCAUUUGAUCGUGGCGUUCACGCAUUUUUACAAACUAAGCUUGGUAAUGAUGACUUUAUUCCCGUUUUUAACCUGUAUUACGUGGUUAUUCGAUCGACUGUCGGCCAAGGUGCAUCGGCGACGACUGACCGUCAACUAUCAAGCCGACAGCAUGCUGGAACAGUCUUUAAACAUGAUGAAAACGAUCCGAACUUUGGGAUGCCACACGCGAUACGUGGAUGACUAUGAACAACUUUUGAACGAGCAACGGCGAUUGGAUGCACGAUGCGCUUACUAUGCGGCGGCCAGGGCGGGGAUCUGUGAAUUCACUUCGUAUGGCAUAUUUGUUUUGGGAUUCUGGUUCGGGACAAGGAUGCUGGCCAGUGAACCGGAAGCGUAUUCAGCAGGAACCAUUGUAGCCGUGUUGUAUGCGACACUGAUGGCAUUUACAACGAUUCGUGGUCUGCAACCGAUCCUUUCAUGGUUCCAAUUUCAAUCGGGCAAGAUCGAGGAAAUCUAUCAAAGAAUCCGGCGAUAUCACGACGCAGCCGAAUCCUCGGUCAAAGACAAAAUCACCUCACCCCAGCUUCACAUUCAAGGUCACUAUUACGGCCACCACCUUCACUUCUCAUACGUGGGUGAUGAUACAGGAAAAGGAAACGCCGUUUUGCGUGACAUGUCGUUUGAUAUCCCAGCCCACAAAAUUACUCUCAUUGUCGGCCCCACCGGUUGUGGCAAGAGCACCCUCCUUGGGUUACUGCAGAAGCUGUGGGCUCCCCAGCAGGGCGAACUGUUUCUGGACGGUUUUCGCAUGGACCAAUGGAACGAUGACCAUCUAGUGCAAUCGAUCAGUAUCGUCGAGCAGCGGCCAGAUUUAUUUGACGACACCCUGUAUCGCAAUGUGACGUUUGGUCGCAAAGACUUUUGGAAUGUGACCAUACAAGAAGUCCUGGAUGUAUGCGACAAAGUGGGCUUGACGGAGCUUAUCCAACAACUGCCCGAACGGCAUUUGACGCGGCUGAAUUCGAACAGUGCCAACUUGUCUUGUGGGCAAAAACAAAGAUUGGCGAUUGCAAGGGCUUUGAUUCAAAAUCCACCGAUAUUGAUUCUAGAUGAACCCACGUCAUCUGUGGAUAAUGAACUUGACCGUGAUUUGUUCCAAGCGAUUGCUUAUCUGAGAAAAGGCCAAACGACCAUUAUCGUCAGUCAUCGGUUGGACCAUAUUCGUGAUUUAGCAGAUCAUAUUAUCGAUAUGGCUAGCUACCAAGCGCCGACGAUCGUUCCACGAUCAAUGCAUCCAACUCAGCUGCCGUUGCCUUGCCGCAGUGAUUCGUUGCCGUCAAGUGGCGUUGCACGACCGUCUUUCAGGCAAUCAAUGGUGCACGCUUUGAGUGCGUUGCCAAGUACAACGGAUCAACCAAGCCCUUUGCUCGUACCUACACGGUUUGAUUCGUUGCCUUCACGAUGGGAAGAUACACACAUCGAAAUCAUGGUGCAUACUGCCGACGGCAAGUCGUCCGAGCACGAGCGACGACGGUCUGUCUCGUUUUAUCAACUGAUUUCAGACCAUUUAAAGUCCCCAUGGCGGUUGCGUCUACUGUAUAUUGUUUCCCUGUUGCAGAGUAUCUUGGUCCCUUGUUUUCCUUUUCUGUUGUCGAGGUUCUUGGGCCAAUACGCUAAUCUGGCUUCAUCCGCGUCUAAUAUGGUGACUGAAGCCGUGAUGCUCAUGCUCAGUUUUGCCGCGGUCAGUAGUGUGUUUACGAGCAUGGAACAAUGGCUUCAAAGUACCAGUGGAUCUCAACUUGUCAUCAAUUUACGCACGCGCAUGCUGCUCAACCAUCUGACUAGCGAGACGCUCCACCUCGCCGCUCGUUUGCACAGUGCGUCCCUGUUAAAUAUUCGCCAACAUCCUUUAGCGCUGCAACGGUUCUUGACGCAGCAUCUGGCAAAACUCCUAUUUAUGGUACUCACGCUGACAGCUGGAUUUUGUAUGGCGAUGAUCACCGGCUGGCAGUUGACAGCCGUGGGAUGCUUACCUAUGCCGCUGUGUUUUCUCUGGCAAUGGUUGGGAUCUCGUCUACAAAAAAGGUACGCGCAGCAACAUAAAUCGGUACAAGAAGAAUCGAUUACAUCGGUGAACGAGAUUGUGCAGACACGGCAGACGAUCAAAAACCUGGGGUUGGAAAAUGUGUUUGAAAGAAAAUUCGAAGCACUACUGGUGCCGAGCUGCGGUGUAGCCAUGCUCAGUGCUGUGAGUGAUGGUGUUUCUGCUGGUGUGACAGAAAUGCUUUCUUACCUGUCCAAAGCCCUGGUCCUGUGGUAUGGCGCCCAAUUGCUGGUAUGGCAGCAAUACAGUCUGGAACAGGUUCUAUUGGUAUGGCUCGCUUUAGGGUUUUGUGCGUCCUACGGUAGCCAAUUUCAGACGACAGUAUCCCGAUGGCAUCAACUGCAGGUACCGUUGCAAGAAAUGAAAGAUCUGGUGUAUUCCACCGCAGGGCCGACCCAUCAAUCCAAGAGCGUGACAGCCAGACACACGCAGCCGUGGCAUGUCAUUGAAUUGCGAAAUGUUUCCUUGUUCUUUCCAAAUCAUCCAGAAAAAAUGGUGCUAAGAAAGAUUAACAUGGAUAUUCAAAAAGGCAAAAUGACGGCCAUCGUAGGUCGCAGUGGCUGUGGAAAAACGAGUCUUUUAGAAUUGAUGAUGAACCUUUACCGGCCGACGGAAGGUUUAGUUGUAUUUGAGGGUACGGAUAGCCGUGUGGCCGACACAAAUCAAUGGCGAUCUCAAAUUGGGUGGGUGGCUCAAGAACCACGAUUCUUCCAAAUGAGUAUUGCCGAUAAUCUCCAAUACGGGCUAGUUGGAAACCAGGUGACACGAGAGGAGAUAGUGCGUGCCUGCAUGAUGGCAAAAGUUCACGACUUUAUCGUUGGAUUGUCUCACGGCUACGAUACAGUGCUUGAACAAGGUGAAAAAUCACUAUCUGGUGGUCAACGAAAGCUUCUUGCCCUUGCACAAGCGCUCAUACGUCAACCAAAAUUACUUGUUUUGGAUGAUCCCGCAAACGCACUGGACAGUCAAAGUGAACAUGUCCUGGAUGAAGCCUUGCAAGUAUUGUUGAGAUCAGGGCAAACGAUUGUGAUUACCUCGCACCGUAUGACGACUAUUCGGCAUGCUUCGAUGAUCCACGUAUUGGACCAGGGCGAAAUCAUCGAAAGCGGUACGCGGGAGCAAUUGCUGCAUAAAAAUGGAGUUUAUGCACGAUUGGAUAAUGAGAAGAAUUAA